UUCAGAGAAGAAAGGUGAAGAAGGGAAUUAAGAAAAUUCAAUCCGAUCGAAUUCAGUUUUGACGUCCGCUAGGAAGGACACAAACACACUCUCUCUCUCUAUACUUUCUCUCUCUAUGAUACAGCCAGGAACAGAAAAGCCUCUCUCUCUCUCUCUCUCUCUCUCUCCUCUUUUCCUCUCUAGUGAGACUCAUGAGAUUGAUAGAUUGAAGAGGACUUUGAACGUAGAUUAAUACAGGAAAAUAUAACUUGUAUAGGCAUGUGUUUGAUGCUAACGAACCAGAACAAGUUGAAGAAGAAGAGUAUAUAGCUGAUUUGUCUUCGAUUUUCACAGUUAACAGUGUGUUGUACUUCCGCAAUAUUCAGAGUUUCCAGUCUCUCACUGGAAUUUGUACUCUGAAUGAUUCAAAGUCAAGUUGAUCUAAAAUUGACGAAUUAUACAGAGAUUCAUGAGAAAACUGGCCGAAGAUUGUUAUUUUCGCAGAGCUAAGUCAAUUCUAGGAUGUUCAGAACAAAAACUUGUUCCUUGUUUUUGGUUUCCUUUGGUAACCGGUUUGUGUUUGGUAAGACUCAACACCAUAUGCUCAGACACAAAGAUUUUCCAUUUCUGGUGGUGCGCAAUAAGGACUUUGGAAUGUCUACCCAUGGCUGCGAGUGUAAAAUGCUUGCUGGAUUGAUUAAUUCGGGUGUUGCACUGGUUGUGUAAUUAUAGUGUACUUGAAUCUUGAGCGUUGGCUUCAUGUCAUUUUAGUUAGUUUGUACUUGAAUAAGCGUUUGUAGAUUAUAGUUUCAGAAAGAUGGUACCAUCCGGGCCUCCGAACCCAGUUGGUGGUGCCCAGCCUGUUCUGCCUUCACUACUGCGAUCAAAUUCUGGUUUAUUGGGUGGUCAAGGAGGUCCAGUGCCUUCACAGACCACGUUCCCAUCUCUUAUGUCACCACGUACACAGUUUAAUAAUGUGAAUAUGCUUGGGAAUGUGCCCAAUGUUUCAUCACUCCUCCAUCAACCUUAUGGGAAUGGGGGUCCAAAUUCUGGACUUUCUGGUCCUGGGAGUACUCAGCGGGGAAUUAUGGAUUCUGGGGCUGAGUCCGAUCCUCUCUCUAGUGUUGGGAAUGGAAUGGGCUUUACUACCCCUUCUUCAUCAUUCCUACCGUCGAAUAUGGCAAACCCUGUUUCAUCAGGUCAAGUUCACGGGCAACAAUUCUCGAAUCCUUCUAGUAACCACAUGUUGCAAGAUCAACAACAGUCCCAACAACAUGACCAUCCAAACUUCCAGCACAAUCAGCAGCCAUCACAACAGUUUCCUAACAACAGUCAUCAGCAGCAAUAUCAAUCGAUUCGGGGUGGAUUAGGUGGUGUCGGACCUGUCAAGUUGGAACCACAGGUGACAAAUGAUCACCAUGGUCAGUCAAUGCAGCAGUUGCAGUCUUUGAGAAAUCUUGGUACUGUGAAACUGGAACCUCAACAAAUCCAGGCUAUGAGGAGCCUGGGGCCGGUCAAAAUGGAACCCCAACAUUCAGAUCAGUCACUGUUUCUGCAUCAGCAGCAGCAGCAGCAGCAACAACAACAGCAGCAGCAGCAGCAGCAGCAGCAGCUUCUCCACAUGUCCAGACAGUCCCCUCAGGCAGCUGCAGCGCAGAUUAAUAUGUUGAAUCAUCAGAGACUCUUGCAGCAGCAGCAACAGCAACUCUUGAAGGCUAUUUCUCAACAACGGUCACCGCUACAAUCUCAAUAUCAACCACAGAAUGUGCCUUUGAGGUCUCCUGUAAAACCGGUAUAUGAACCUGGGAUGUGUGCCCGGCGGCUGACACAUUAUAUGUAUCAGCAACAACACAGGCCUGAGGACAACAAUAUUGAGUUUUGGAGAAAAUUCGUUACCGAGUACUUUGCUCCCAAUGCCAAGAAGAAGUGGUGUGUUUCUAUGUAUGGAAGUGGCCGCCAAACUACUGGAGUUUUCCCUCAGGUCUGCUCUGGAGAAAAACUGGAUGUGUGGCACUGUGAAAUAUGCAACCGCAAACCAGGCCGUGGCUUUGAGGCAACUGUUGAGGUUCUGCCCAGGCUUUUCAAAAUCAAGUAUGAAAGUGGUACUUUGGAGGAACUUCUUUAUGUUGAUAUGCCCCGGGAAUAUCAGAAUUCAUCUGGUCAAAUAGUCCUUGAUUAUGCCAAAGCUAUUCAGGAAAGUGUUUUUGAGCAACUUCGUGUUGUCCGUGAUGGUCAACUGCGGAUAGUCUUCUCCCCAGACCUAAAGAUAUGCUCUUGGGAAUUUUGUGCUCGGCGUCAUGAAGAGCUUAUCCCUCGAAGAUUGUUGGUACCCCAGGUUAGUCAACUUGGGGCUGCUGCUCAAAAGUACCAGGCUGCCACUCAGAAUGCAUCAUCCAGUUUAUCUGUUCCAGAGUUACAAAGUAACUGUAAUAUGUUUGUUGCAUCAGCUCGUCAGUUGGCAAAAGCGUUGGAAGUGCCAUUAGUAAAUGAUUUAGGAUAUACAAAGAGAUAUGUACGGUGCCUUCAGAUAUCAGAAGUGGUAAAUAGUAUGAAAGAUUUGAUUGAUUACAGCCGAGAAACUGGGACUGGACCCAUGGAGAGCUUGGCCAAGUUUCCUCGGAGGACAAGUGCAACAUCUGGGUUUCAUGCUCAAGCUCAGCAAUCUGAGGAACAGAUGCAGCAGCAAACAGUGGGUCAGAACUCGAACAGUGAAAGCACUGUCCAGGCCACUGUGAUGCAAUUUGCUUCUAGCAAUGGUGUGGCUAGUGUAAAUAACUCUCUCAACUCAGCAACUACCACCUCCUCCACUAGCGCCAUUGCUGGACUUCUCCACCAGAACUCAAUGAAUUGCAGGCAACAAAACCCUAUGAACAAUGCAAAUAGUCCCUAUGGAGGGAGUGGUGUUCAGAUUCCUUCCCCGGGUUCCUCAAGUACGAUACCACAGGCUCAACCUAACCCUUCUCCAUUCCAAUCACCAACUCCUUCAUCUAACAAUCCUCAAACUUCUCAUGGUGGCCUAACGCCUGCUGCUCAUACGAGUUCUGGUAAUUCGCCUAAUAUCUCCAUGCAACAGCCUGCUCUAUCCGGGGAUGCUGAGCUGAAUGAUUCCCAGAGUUCUGUUCAGAAAAUCAUACAUGAAAUGAUGAGAUCUUCACAACUUAAUGGUGCAAAUGGUAUGGUAGGUGUUGGUUCAUUGGGGAAUGAUGUGAAAAAUAUUAAUGGAAUGUUGCCUACAAGUAAUGGCCUUAGUGGUGGCAACACCCUGGUGGGAAAUGGGACAGCAAACAGUAAUUCAGGUAUUGUGGGUGCUGGAUUUGGUGGCUUGGGUAGUGGGCUUGGCCAAUCUGCCAUGAUUAACGGAAUCCGAGCUGCAAUGGGUAAUAACUCCAUGAAUGGAAGAGUAGGAAUGGCAUCAAUGACUCGAGACCAGAGUAUGAAUCAACAACAACAGGAUUUGAACCCCCUGCUUAGUAGUCUUGGAGCAGUCAAUAUGUUCAAUAAUCUUCAAUUUGAUUGAAAAUCAUCUCCGCGAAGUGUUCUGAUGAUCUCUACUUGAUGUUCUGGUCCUUGAACAAUAGCUGCUUGUGUGCAGCAGCAGCAGCAGCUAGGGAAGUCACUAAAUCGCUUUCGGCCACAGCAAAAUUGCAGAGAUGAUGAAAUAGUUUCCGGGCUUUCCCUCCCACUUUGUACUAAUCUUGAGAAAAAAAGGAAACCUAUAGCAUAGUGUUCUAUCAAUUUAUAUCUUAUAUUAUAUCACCCUAAGUUGCUUCACUUUCUUCUUUCUUUGUUUUCGCUGAUUUAUGAUUCAAUACAGCUACUUUCUCUCCUUCCCUCCCCCA